AGUGUUGAGACCUGUAGUGGACGAGGAACGUAUCCGGAAACAACCUGAAAGUCUUGUGGAAUUUUCAUCAUUUAGCUGCACACGCUGGACCAUGCUGACGCUUUUGGGAUAAUCAGUUUAGUCAAAGGUAAGGAUCCUCAUUCCUACGAGUUCUUAGUGUGCUAUGUUUAAUAUAGUGUCAUUGUAUAAUAGACAUAAAGACAUUUCAAUCAAUUGUGCCACAGUGAGAUCACAGUGUAUCACUUUGACAAGUUUGUGAUGGUCAAUCAGUAGUUUUUUUGCCUGUUUUCUAUGUAGACUUGUGUUCAUUUAACGCAAGUAAGGGUUGAUUCUUAUAAUUGUAAUACAUCAUACUCUAAAUCAGUGAUUCCCAAAGUGGGCUAUACCACCCCUUGGGGACGCUGGAAAGAUACAGGGGGGCGAAAGUAGCCUCGGGUGAAUUUUGGGGAGUUGAAAAAAAAUAUGGGGUCGGUGAAAGAAUAAAGAAGGAAGAGAAGAUAAGAAGAAUUAGAAAAACAUUUGGUUUAUUUACUAUAUUUUAGGACGUAGGUAGAAAUACAGAAAAAUGUAUGGGUUUUUUGGCUUAAAGAAUGAAUAUCUCAGGGGGCAGUGGGUAAUUUUUUUUCAGAAAUAGGGAAUGGUAGGCCAGAUAAGUUUGGGAACCUCUGAUCUAAAUUGAGAACAUUCAUGUGUAAAAUAUUAUAGAAUAUCAGUCUCCUUGUUGCGAAAAGUUAGAGGGGAGGAUCUCUUUAAAUACAUAAGCACUUCAACUCAAGUUAAAUAUGACGGACAAUGAAGGCAUCAGUCCAGAGUUAUCUCACCGUGAGUCUAUAAGCCACGCCUCUAAGAAUUGAUUGGAUGCCUUUUUUUUUUUUAGUUUUAUAGCACUAGAUUUUGUAUAGUAUGUGUAUUAAAGAAUGCUAUUUCUGGGAAAAGUUUCAGAAUUAUUUCACUCCAAAUGAUUAGAGGGUAGCUUUGAUAACGUUUCGGCGUAUAGCAAUGAGAUCUUUAGUUUGAAGAAAAGAUGAGGGAAAAUGCUAGAUUCAUUGACUUCAAAUGGCCCCGAUCUCUUUAUCCUUCCACUCAAGGUUCUUUUUCUUUUUUUUUCUACCAAAGUAUGACCUAUUUUAAAAUCACAAUAAUAUGUUUUCAUUAUCCGUUCUUCUUUAGUUGCAAAAUAAUAAAUAUAUAUUGAAAAUAAGAUUAGUCUUCUAAAUUAGAGUAAUAAUCUGCAUUAUGAUGUUAAAAUCUGCAUGCAAUUUUUCUCUAAAUUGAGCUAAACUUUUAAGGGGAUAGUUCAGAUUACAAAAAAUUUACCAUGAGAGAAGGAACAUUUAUUAUUUUUUGGUGCUUUCAUCAGAGGUAACAAAAAAUACUGAAAAUUGUUUAUCAAAUGUUACGUUUCUUGCCUCACAUUAACGCUUUACUUAUCAUGCCACGAACUAAUUGCCGCUCUCAAGUCAAUUUUAUUUCCACUAAUAUUACAGAUUCCGUUCACGAUGGCCAGACACUGUCGAAUUUCAACGUUUAUAACCUUAUGUACCACCUCAUUUAGUCUGAUGCUAGCCAUUGCUGUGGCAAGCAAGGACUCUAAAGGUAACAGGAUGAAAGAUUAUAAGCCCUUCCCUCCCGCAAACCGACACUGUUGAAACUCACCAACACAAACAUUAAGAGGCUCUCAAAUACAUUAACUUUGGUUCAGUUUUUUUUUUAACGCCUGCAUAGUAAUCCAGCGUUUCAAGUGCGUUCACAUAGCCUCAGUCAUUCAAAUACUUUCAUGUUAAUCCAGUAUCUAUUUAAACACCUUUCUCAGGAAUUCAGUUCUUCUACUACCUUCAUACUAAACCCGUGUUUUAAUUAACUUCAUACAAGUUCAGCCUUACAAAGACAUUGAUUUUUAAUCCAGCCUUUCGAAUACCCUCAGAGCAGUGCGGUUCUUCAACAGCUUUAGGCUGAACCAGGCUUUCAAACAACUAAUAUAUACUCCUCCAGACUGUUAAAUCAAGCUUCACAAAUAUCUUUAUUUUAAUCUUUUUUAACAAUUGUAACAUUAACUCACAACGUUAUAACGAAAUUAGUUUAACUUGUACAUAAAUAACCAAUCCUGAUAUCAAUAGAAGGGGGUGUGGAAAAAAGGGGGGGGGUGGGCAAUAACGCCCGAGUGUCAUUUGUAUUAAUUUUUUUUAAUUUUUAAGGGGUGCUAUUUUCGGACAACUGCUGAGUUGUUCGCAGAAGGGUGUGACACUAUACCUACUGUACGCCACUGUAUCCAUAGUUAUAUGUAAAGUUACAUUACAUAAAAUAUUUGGCGCCCCCCCCCCACCAUCUUUCGCCUCAAAACCAAAGCCACCUUUUUUAAGCAGUUGUCCUGUCAUAUCUUAGGAUCUGUAACUGAUGUUUGAUGCCGUUUAUAUUUGCUAUCUCCCCUGACCACAGAUCUUUCAUCUGAUUACAAGCGAGUCUGUUACUACACCAACUGGAGCCAGUAUAGGCGCGACAUGGGGAAAUUCAUGCCCGCCGAUAUUGACCCCAACGUCUGCACCCACCUGAUCUUCGCGUUUGCCAAGAUCGACAAGGGAGUUUUGGCGCCCUACGAGUGGAAUGACCUUCAGUAUCCAUGUGAGUGAAGACCAGGUUUUCAUUUCGCUUGGUCAGGUGUAACGCUCUGAGGCUUUGUUUGCACCGGGUCUUUAAAACGUUUUCAUCCAUGACAAUGCGGCAUUCUUGGCCCGUACAAGCCAGUCACCUGCUGGUCUCUAUGAUUCAAUCUGUUCUUCCUCCUUGUUUUAAAAUGUUGUUUUUUUGUGAUCAACUCCUUCUUUUGCAGGUACACAGUUAUUUGUGCUGAUAAAGACCAACAUUUUCUGACUUACAUUUUUUUAACGCAAUCAAGUGGCCAGCACGUUUUCAGAAUAAAUGUAUUUGAAUUUAAAAAAUUUGGUUGGUAUAUUGUGUUUACUUUAACACAAACCAAUCCCUUUGGUAUAAUUGUCCAGAGUUUUAAACAUAAUGUUGUUGUCUUAAUAACGUAAAGCAGCACCUAGCAAUAACGGCUACUCGCUUAACGGCGUUUCGCAAUAACGGCGCUCUUAAAUUUGCGCCCGGGACACUCACUACUGCUCAGUGUUGUGCGGAGGACACGCACAAAUGAACAGAUGCUAUCGCCAACUAUAUAUUUACAAUUUUAUUUUUGCUUUUUUCUGUUGUAAAUCGUUUGUUGUACUUAGUAAAUAUAGAUUUAAAGAUUGACACUGUUUGAAUUUCCCUCCUAUUAUUUUUUUUUAAAACAUUAGUGUUAUUGCACACUCAAUGUAUGUUAGUACACAGUAAGUAGUUUUGCUUGCAGGCACUCGCGAAGCAAAAAAAACAACAACAAACAAACAAACAAACAAAAAAGCCUUAAUUCACUUAACGUCGUUUUUCACUUAACGUCGUUUUUCACUUAACGUCGAUUGUCCGGUCCCAAUUACGACGUAAUUGCGAGGUGCUGAUGUGUUUAGAUUUCAAAUGGAUGUAUUCAAUCUUCAUAUAUAAGUACAGACAUAAUUUGUUGUCAAGACCAUCUCUCACGUUUCCGUUGUAUUCUUUGUGUUCCAGUUUUGUACAAACAGUUUAAUGCCCUCAAGGAGAAGAAUCCUUCCUUAAAGACAUUGUUGGCCGUCGGUGGAUGGACACACGGGUCACAGCCCUUUACAGGUACGCCCUUACUCCCUCAUGUCCCUCUGCAGUUGAGUCCUAAUGCAGGCAUACCUUUUAUGCGUAGGUCCUAUCUCAGUUUGUAUUCGUUACAUCCAGGGCAUUCCCCUGUGCAGGUAGGUCCUUACAAAUAGCGUUCCUCUACAGGUAGGUACUGAUUCAAUGAUACCAUUUUACCAGUAGGUCAUUAUUUAAUCUACCCUUUUCUAUAAAACUAGGGCUUAACCGGGUGCAGUUGUUUGGUUUUUUUUACACCGGGUCCGGGUAUUUGGAGAAAUAGGGCUUCCACACCCUACCUGCCGGCUUUUAAACAAUAGGCCUACAGACAGCCCUAAAAACAGUCCUACACCAUACUCUUAUCUCUUUAUUGAUUUAUUAUAAUAGUCGCCUCCCUUACAUUUUUUUACCUGAGUUCACACGCCACGCAUGACAGCCUUUUUCCCCCAAGUACUAUUAAUCUAAAACAUCUGGAGUUGGUUUAGUGGGCGGAAAAAAAAAGGGGGGGGGGUCCAAAAGGAAUCAGGAUACAUCAGAAGCAAAAUAUAUUUAAGAGAUAGAUUUUAACUUUUUAAAUCCAACCCCGUUUCCCAUGUUUUACUUUUUAGUACUUCUUACCGUAAUUCUUACCGUACAUCUUACCGUACCGUUAGGGUCAAUAUUUCAAAAUGUUCUCAAGGAAACCACGGGCAAAUAUUGUUUUUUUUUAAAAUCACUAUUUAAACAAUCCACUAAAAAGGUAUUCAACAUUCAACACUAUCCAGUUCUGAUACUUUGCCCAUGGUUUAGUUAAAAUUAAAUUAAUGAACGUUUGAGCUGCACGCGACUAAUUAGACAUUAAAUACAUAUUGAAUCCAUUGAAUCAAAUAAAUAGUGUCCUACCAAUAAAUAAAAUUCUGUCUUUUAAAAAUAUUUUUAGUGUAAAAUUGUCUACUUCAUAUCUAAAAGAUCUACUGUCUAAAAUUAGAUAUGGUCCCGUCAGUGGCGUAGGAAAGUGGGUAAUUAACCCCCUGGCCACACCUUUUUUUUCCUUUUUAUGAAGGAGUUUCAUAUGUGGCUAGCUGCAGGGGUUUUUCAUGCAAGGGGCGGCAAAAUGUUCUGCCCUCCCGGGUGGCAAAAUCAUGAAAUCCGCCCCUGGGUUGUGUGCAACUCUUUCAAAAGUGGGCUAACAUUUCGAGAGGGCAUGGAAGAUGGGAAGGUUGCUUAGGAAACAAAAAAACAGCAUUCGCACCGCCUGUCGGCACGUAUUGCCUACUGCCUAUGUACAAGUUAUAGUAAUAAGAUAUUUUAUCAAGAUUGUAUUUUAUGCAUGGAGAGGAUAUUGUAUCGAGAAUUUUCUACAGCUUACCUUAAAGAUCUUAUAUGUCUAAUGUGUAUCCAAAAGAUAUGGUGUCUAGCAAAGCAAGUCGACAGAAGUUUACCCAGCAUGCCAUUGAAUAUCUCAGGACACAUGAUUUCGACGGUCUGGAUUUGGAUUGGGAAUAUCCAGCCAACAGAGGAAGUCCAGCAGUGGAUAGAGAGAGAUUCGUCCACUUGGUUCAGGUAAUGGCAAGCACAUUAUGCCUUUAUGUGGUCUCUCUGCGGUGCAUGUGUCUCUGUGUAGUGGACGUCCAAUGAAUGUCUUUGGACACACGUGCAGCUUUAAGAACUACAAGAACAUCUUCAUUUUAAAAAUUACAACCUCACUGUGGGAUUUUUUUAAAAUUUAAAUGUGUUUCCAAUUUUCUUUUAGGAGCUCCGCGAAGCUUUCGAGGCAGAUGCUAAAAAGACUGGAAAAGAGCGAUUACUCUUGACUGCAGCCGUGCCAGGAGGAGAGCGUCUAGCAAUGUCAGGAUACGACGUGAAGACUUUAAAUAAGUAAGUUUAGCAAGAAAUAAGCAUGCUCUAGCCUGUAUUUUUGUUUUUAAAAGGUAUUAAUCAUCUUCAUGGUAGCCAACCCACAGUGAUAAGAUAUUUAGACUGAAGGCUAAGGGCUGAACGCUACACUUAGGAAACCUUUUUUUAUAUAUUUGACUCUGAAAUAUUUUUUUUUUUUAAUAAAUUUCAAUAAUUUAAUAAGUAGUCAAAAAGUCUCACCAUGCAUCAUCUUGUAUGUGAAGUUUUAAAAGUGUGGGACAAGCGAGAGUAAACUUAAUUUAGCAAGCUUACCAUCAUCGUAUAGGUAUCAAAUCGUUUGGUUUUUUUUUUCAUUCAAAAAGGUAUGUGGACUUUUUUAACCUGAUGAGCUACGACUUGCACGGUUCAUGGAGUCCGAUCAUCGGUCAUCACGCCCCACUGCUGGGCGGAGACAAAUGGUUCGAAUCAAAAUCAGACUCUUUGAAUGUGGUAAGUAUUUUAUAGAAUAAAAAUCGGACUCUUUGAAUGAGAUAUGUUAUCAAAACAAAGUGUUUUAUAAAAGAUGAACUCGGAUUUUUUUUAUAGCAACAAAAAGGACUUGGUAGUAGAUUAAUCGAAAUCGAUCUAUUGAUGGUUUCUCUGUUUUAUUGAGUUAUGGCAGGGUCGAAACCUUUUUAAUUUGAUAAAUACUUCAUAGGAUAUUAGCCCCACUGAAUAAGAGGCAUUCACACUUAUAAAACCUUUGAUAAAUUAUGUGAUAAUGAUGUAUUUCAAUCUCUCUCUUUCAGGAACAAUCUGUUGACCUUUGGCUAAAACUGGGAGCAGAGCCCCAAAAACUGGUGAUGGGCCUGGCAUUGUACGGGAAGACGUUCAAGCUUUGCACCAAAGGGACAGAACCAGGAGACAAGGGAUGCGGGGCAGCUAACCCUGAUACAAUGAACUAUUUUGAGGUUUUCAUUACCGGCCAUGAGAAUAGCUAAACUAACUGAAACUGUAUCAAAUUAAAUCAACCCAAACACCUUGUUAAAAUUUGUUGUAAGAUUAGCUCACCCCAAAUACCAUCUUAAAAUUUGUUGUAUGAUUAGCUCACCCCAAACACCAUCUUAAAAUUUGUUGUAUGAUUAGCUCACCCCAAACACCAUCUUAAAAUUUGUUGUAUGAUUAGCUCACCCCAAACACCAUCUUAAAAUUUGUUGUAUGAUUAGCUCACCCCAAAUACCAUCUUAAAAUUUGUUGUAUGAUUAGCUCACCCCAAACACCAUCUUAAAAUUUGUUGUAUGAUUAGCUCACCCCAAAUACCAUCUUAAACUUUAUUGUAGUAUUAACAAUAAACGCGGAAAUGUUAACAUCACUGACGUCAGAAUGAGAUAUCAAUGUAUUCUUUUUUUUUUUUGGAUUAUUGCAGAUCCUGCAGAGAUUAAAAGCGGGGAAACUGGAGAAAAAAUGGCUGGAUAACGAACUAGUGCCCUAUGCUUACAGUAUGACGGACCGGAUCUGGGUGGGCUAUGAUGAUGAGGAGAGUCUCAGGGCAAAAGUAAGGCACCUGCAGCUUAAGUUGCUUGCCCAAAAUGUUCUAUUCAAUUUAACGUCAUGCGCAACGGCAAAAUUGGUCUAAGCGGCCAUUUUAUUUUCAAAUUGUCCAUAGCCAAUCAGUUUUAAAUUGCACAUUUUAAAGGUUAAUAAUAUUGCGUGAUUAUUUCUGCUAUUUGAUUGGGAGCAGUCCCCUAUACCAGUGGUUCUUAACCAUCUUGUAGCACAGCACCCUUUCGCAUUCAAAACAUUUCUUGCGAUCCUGCGUCGUGUUGUUUUUUUUACAAAUUUUUUUUUUGGUAGAGUUGUUUCAAACAUUUCUGGAUCUUUCGGCACCCCAAGGGAAUGCCUCGAUCUCAUACGCCCUGUAUAAAACCCCUACCGUGGACUCACCUUGUCGCAUAAAACUGUUUAUCAUUUAAGCAAACCCUGUCCUUCCAAACACAGGUUAACCUCGCCAAAAAGAAACACCUGGCGGGUGUUAUGGUGUGGUCCAUUGACGGCGACGAUUUUUCCGGCAAAUUCGGCGACGGGGUCAAGUACCCACUGAUGAACGUCAUCAAGGACACAAUAGAGGGAAAGGAAACAUUUAAAAACGUGGACUCGAAGGCAAGAUUUUUAUUUAGACUUUGUUUUAAAGUUUAGAAUAUCCUUAAGAUUAUCUGGAUAUAUUAUUAUAUAGACGCCCUUAUCGACGGCUUGCGAAUAGUGUUCAAUAUAGAAGAACCUUAUGAAUGUAUGUCCAAAGUAUAUUCUGUUUUUUUUUAUUGUGGAUUCCUUAGUUAGAAAUUUAGUGAGAAUGUCUCACGAAGACCUCAAUUAUCAACUCAGUAACGAUGAAUGUAUGGUUUCACUAUAAUUCAAUACAUUAAAUUAAAUUUAAAGCACUCGACUUUUAGCGACAUCUAACGCACAAAAUAAACAAAUUACAUGUAAACAUCUUUUGAAGUUGCCAUGGUAACCAAAGCGAUUUUUAAAAAAAAAGCUAUUGGUAAUAGGUUUGAAAUGUUCAAAUUAUAACAUCUCGUGAUUAUUUUCUUUAAAUAUUUUAGAGACUUUUUUUCCACCCUUAACAGGAUACGAAGAAACUGAUUGAGUCAAGGAAGGAAGAGCUGAUGAGGAAUCUAACCAAAGCUGAGAAUGAAUUUAAGCCUUUCAUCAAGGAGCAGGCUCCCAACAAACUUGGCUCCUUCAGUGAACUCGAGCGGGAAUUUUUCAAACCCAUGGCCGUGCCCCUUAGGGCGAAUAUGAUGGCCGCUAAAAUAAUUCCAGAAAAGCUUAAUGACAGCUCAAUCGUGAACACACCUGAAAACAAGGAGAUAAAUAUUACGAUCUACAACACAGGGACGCAACUACGACAACGUCUGAAGCAGAAGAACCAAGACGGGAAAUUGAGAAAAAAAGUCGAGAUAAGCCUUGUUCCUUUGGCGAAAACAGAAAGCCCCAAGAUCCCUGUCAGAAUAAACCAACAAGCGAAUCAGAGGAUCCGAGGUCAGCAUAAGAGGCUGUCACUGCAAGAUAAGAACUCAUCCAGUGUCUACAAGCGGCCGCAAGAUUCUGUAUACCAUUUCCCAACCAUUUCGAAAUACUCAGCAAAAACAAACCAGUCAGAUGAUAGCUCGGUAAAUCGAAGCAAGAACUCACGCCCGAUGAGAGUUGAGAAAAGGGUUCUCGGUAUGGAAAAAGUCAGUGGUGAAGUGCCAUGGUUUACAGAUAAAGAUUCUAAUUCGCUGAAUAAUCCCACAGCUCCACCGCCUAAUAUUGGAGUCAAGGGCGAAACAAGCAACGUCCAGUACAUGGGUGUCAAAACGAAACUAAGGAAACGCGCUAAGUCUACGGUAUCAAAUGUCAACUCGGUUCCUUAUUCCAACAGUCUCGGUGGCGUCGUGGAGCGCACAUCUGCCGCCAAAAAGGAACAGGGGAAAGGUGUUCAAGAUAAGCUCGGUCCUUCGUUUGGUAAAUUCGUAUCCUUAUUGCCAGAAGAACGCGAAGGGCUGGGAACAACUAUAGCCUUGAACGGCGAGGGUCCCGAAUGGGUCACACGGCUCAUGGCCGAGUCGGGGAAAGAGAAAUCAGCAAGUAAGUCUGCCAAAAAACAAAUGAUUGAACCCAAGCUGGCGGCGGCAGAGAGUCAUGCGAUACCACCUCAAGUAAAGAAAGAUUCUAACAAAGUGUACAUCACGGCUAGCUCGCCACGGCAACCCAAUGAGAGGAUAGCUACAAACUCCCACUCGAGUGCUGGUAAUCCAGUGAAAACGGGUUCGGGGGGUGACAAUGGUAAGGUUUACAUUAAGGCGUCGCGUCCGUCCAGCGUACACGUAACGCAGGUAAGAAGCAAGGCACCGAGACGUCACUACAUUCCAACCCCGUACAAGUCGAUGUCACCGUUUUCAGGCAAGAAAAACGACAUAGCUAGGAUCAUGGAGAAAACUCCGAUGAUAUCCAAGUACUCCUCUAGGCUGGAUGAUGAACUGCCUAGAAUGCGACAGCGAACGGAAGAGAAAUCUGGUUAUAAAUACAAGCUCAAAGGAUCUGUCCCCGACAACGACAUGGCUGAAUUGAAGCAGGAGAAGCAAGGCAAGAUCGCAGAGAAAUGGUGGGAUUCCGAUACUACAACUUCUACACAGACGAUGACGAUAUUACAACAAAGAGCAGAGCCGGAGACAAAGGCAAGUGGAAAUAUCCAACCAAGUGGCGAAAACGUGGAGGAAAUUUUAAUCAGAAAUAUUCAACAAACGGAAAUCGAUCCAAGAAAAUCUUGGCUGUCGAAAUCCGAUCAAUCUAAAGAAAAGAAAGAUAAAAGCACACCCAAUCCAGUUUCAUCUCCAGGAUAUCAAGAUAAAAUUUCAACCCAAAGAUUGAUAUCUCAAAGUAGCACCUCUGGAACAACAGAGCCCAGUCGAGGAUUUUCUACUGAGAACGAUGGGGCUCACGCUGCAAUAAAAGAAGCAACGACGGAAUUCAUGAGCAGUACUCAAGAUCACCUCGAGUAUACAACCCACCCGCCUCUGACGUCCUCAAAAAGCUCAAAUAUUCAAUACAAGAGUAAGAAGCCCUGGUGGACGGUCACGUCAACAAACACAGAUGCUCCGAGAUCAUACAAAAAUCCGAAGAAACAUGCGGGUGAACAGGGUUUCCCUAAAGUGGGACGAAAGUAUCAGGGCGAUGUAGCAAAUACGUUACACAAAGACCAGCGCGAAAUAUCCGGCAUCCUAGCCACCCCUACAGAAAAGGGAAGUCUUGAUAUCAGCGUCGUUCCCAUCGUGGUAGUGUCGCAAGAGGAUAUUCACGAUGUCGCAAAAGACCUGGAGCGAACACUCAAGGCUGAUCUGAAAAAAGACAAUGGCAGUUCAAAAAUUGGGGCAAACUUGGGUGAACAAAUGGGUAGUGAUCCAGAAAGUAAACUAAACAUGUCCAGGAAUGAUUUACGGGGCGAUAAGAGAACCGAGAGUUCAGAUGUAAAACUUAACACCACAAAGAAAGAUUUAGAAAUAAACAGACCGCUGAUGGGUGAAAUUAAAUCCGGUUACCCGGAAGUGCAGCCUUACCACGCCAAACUGGCUUUGCAAACACUGAAGAACAUACCAAGCCCUGAGAAAAUUUACCACUACAGACACACUCCGGGUCUCAACGAAGAUGGCCACGAGCACCAGCGGGUGAAUAAACUUGCUGAGAACGAGGUGCAUCACAGAAAUGCGGAACAGCCACCAACCAUAGGCGGAGCCAGUCCUGACGUCAGAGACUGGAGCAAAAUCCGAGAUUUAUUACGGAACUCAACGAUCGUGUCUGAGAUUAAAUCCAAGCUGGACGAGAUUCACAAGAGCGUCACGCGAGAUUUGAGCAAAGAACCUUCAGCCCCGCUGACAACAAAAGCACCGGAGGAUAUCCAGCUCCAACGAGGUUCUGGCAAAUGGUUUGAUAGAACCAGAAAAGAUCAGACAUCGCCGCCAGCUGCUAUUGAACAAAUUGACAUUGUAUCGCCGACUCCAGUCAUUUCUUCCAAUUCUCAAACUGUAACAACAUCAGCACCAGAAAUCAAAGAAACAUCGGAGAAGUUGAUAGAAAGAAUCGUCGGCAAGCGUUCACACUGGUGGGACUCUGACGGAAACAAACCCAAAUCAAAUUCUGAAAUGAACGUCGCAGCACAUGAUCAGACUAAUGCGUCACCCAAUGAAACAGAAAUUAAACAAGAAACAUUUACUGAGACUGGGAAUGCAGACCCCAAAGAAGAUGCGAAUAUUUCCGACAAUUUAGGCUCAAAAACUCCAAAGUUUUUGCAAAAUGAAAACGUGAAUGAAGUAAAGGAAGUGGCUCGUGACAUCAAAAGUGCAAAUGACGCAAACGACCCCUGGUGGAACAAAGAUUCGAAGGAUAAAUCUGACAACCAAAAUGAAAAUGUGAACUUGGGGUCUUUAAAUACUCCAAAUAAAGAAGAGUCAAAUUUAAUUUAUCCAAACGCACCAAGCUUUGAAGAAAAAACGGACGCAACGUCAGAGGCAAACAAACAUGUUUCUCAAACGGAAGGAGAAAAAAUAGUCCUGGAUAAAUAUAGCUACAAAGAUAACACGCCAUCACUGCCAGCUAACAAACGGUCCAACAGUCAACGGGGUGGAAAUUACAAAUACAUUAAACAGAAAUCAGAAACCAAAAGUAAGGUACCCGUCAGCAAAGCUUACAAGAACUCGGCCAAUUUUUAUGAUCAAGGCAAGAGGUCGCAGGCAAAACCCCUGACCCUAAACAACUUACGUCAACAGGGUAGGCCGAGAAAUUACAAUGGCUACAUCGUAAAUAAUUACAAACGUGAUGGCGUAAAGAAAAAUUCAGCAGCCAGCAACGAUAAUGCCUUCAAAUAUUCAGGAAACAACAAGAAAACUUACAACAGCCAAUCAGAUGGUGGGAAAUUGUAUAACGGGAACGGCUGGAGGGACUCGUCAAAAGGUAAUGAUCAAGUGAUGACACAACAAAAGAAUGUUCCUGAAAAUGAGGCCUUCCAGGUGAGAAAAUACUUUUUUAUCCCUUAACUUAAAAAAAAAAACUACAUAUCACUCUUUACUAUUCAAACAGCUGUUUGAGGUGAGUAAUUGAACUAAUUUAGAUCAGAAAAAUUGUUUUGUGAUAUUUACGGACACAAAAAAAUAUAAACUGAUAUUCUUACUAAACAUUUAUUAUUGUUUUAAUGUCAUUUCUUGCGACAUACCAAGCAAGUUCCAUUUUUGAAAAGCAAGUUCAUUUAUAUGAAGCAACUACCUGUUAUAUUUUAACCAACUUCUUAUUUUCUUUCAAUGGGCGUUACCAACGCUUUAUCUACAAAAACAUAAUAUAUUGGUUGGAGAAUUACAUUCAAGUGCUUGGGAUUUCUGGUUUAGGCAACGCUACAUAGAUGAAGUUUAACCUUAACCUAACUGAAUUAAUAAGACACAAACAAUUUGUGUAAACAAAAAGACACACGUUAAGCUAUAGUUAAGAUCUUACAAAAUACUAGUUCAAACGUUUCAGCUAAUGUCUGUCUUCAUGAGUACAUACACACAAAAAAAGAGUAUAAUUAUAAGUUAAAUUUACAUAGUAUAUAUAUAUAUAUAUAUAUUGUACCCAUAACUAAAAAUGAAAGAAAAGAAACAAAUAAGAAUGCGCACAAGUUCCUAACGAAUACAAUGAUCAGAAGAACGGAAAGAAAGUGGGUGGAAGUAGAAUAUAAAAACCUAAUAGGAAAAAUACAUUUCAGUUAUUUACUAUUGUAAAUUUAGUUGAUAAUUUAUAUCGUAUAAAAGUCAACAUAUCAAUCAUUUUAUUUAUUUGUUUUCCAUAUACCUAUAAUCAGAUUUAUUACUCAUGCACCUUAUACCAGUAACUGCAAUGUGAAAGUUUCCCUUACGGUUAGCAAUGUUUAAAUAUUUUUAAAAAAAGGAAAAAUGUCUUGUUUAUUGAUGUUGUAAAGGUGUUCUAUAAAAUGGUCUCGGGGGGGGGGGGGGGGGGUGGGGGCGACGAACUGUCUCCACUACGUAUGGUUUCCCCCAUUUUUUAAAAUAAACUAUGGUGUUACUCACGUUGCGAUUUGUGCAAGUAAAACCAUCUUUGAUUCUGAACAUUUCAAGAGAGAAAGAGUCAUCUUCUGAACUUCAAGCCCAUAGGGACAUGUGUUACAGUUGCUACUGUUGCAACUUUUAAUACCUAUAUUUACUUUACAUCAGGGAGGUUACUUUUAAUAACCAUGACUCUAAGACUCUUGUCCCUCCGUAAAGCGAAACAAAAAAUGAGGUUUUUUGUUGGUUCAAAAUAUGAUUGGUGACAGGGUAUGCCAUAAUCAUAUACCGGUUUUUAAGAACUAGAUAACUAGCCAUAAGGUUCUGGGGAUGAAAAGUUACAAUGAAUUUAGACCAAUCAUCAUUUACCGCAUGAGUUACUUUAAAAUGUAUAAAGCUGUAUAAACAAUACAGCACUAUUUAUAUACAUAUAAAAAUCCCAUUUUUUCUCAACUCAGAAAGUACGUUCUUUUAUUUUUGUUAUUUAGGCCAAGAAUACCGUUGUGGAAAUAGCCAAGAACACCAUUGUGGAAAUAGCCAAGAAGCCGAACGAGCAGAAGUCGUAUCUCGUUGACAACCAAAACAAAAAGAAAAGCUUGACUGACACAGCUUUAAGUUAUGGAACUCUUCAAACUUCGGGUAAAUAAAGUAUUAGAUUUAAACGUUGCUUAUUUCAUAUUAACGUAGAUUUUGAAAUAAACAAUUUAUCAUGCACUUCAUGAGCUGAAGACACAACAUCUUAUCAUUUAAGGAACAUGUACACGUGGAUGGCUGGAAGUUCAUUUAGUAAAUGAUUUACACGAUGAAGGCUAAAAAUCCAAUGAGACAAACAGCUAGACUGUCAUUUGCAGAAAAUUAUUACUCUAAAGUCAUUUACAUAAACAUUGAUAGAAAUCAUUUACAUUGCUUGAAAUCUCACCCACAAAUGAAUUGUUGGCUUUAAGGUAAUUUUGUCAAUCACAUUGAAAACAUGCUCUAUGGUAUUAAAUUUGUAUAUCUAUAAAAAUAGAUUGCAGUAACUCCACAAGAUCAUCAGAAAACAUAGUGUGCAUAGUUCAGUUGUCUUCUAAAUUCCAUUUUAAGCAUAAAUAAGUGGGCUCCAAAGGUUAUCAUAUACAUUUUCGAAAUCUAAAGGUGGACCAGCUUCCAUUUUAAGAACCACGACGACUGUGAAUCGAUGUAUAUAUUUUUUUAUUUUUUUUGACAGCAAAAUAAGCCAUUAAGGACAACCUUAUAGUAACUCUUAGUUUUUGCGUCAACCAACUGUUUGGAUGCUUGUUAACAGCUUGUAAAACAAGUCAGUUGCCAUGCCUCACUUUACAACUUAUGGAAAUUUUGUUACAUCCCCAGACAAUUUUGUUUGUCCAUCGACUUUCGGCAUUUACGCUGACCCCGGAGAUUGCAGAAUGUUUUACCAGUGUGUGUGGUAUGUUUCCUUUCAUCACGUGUGUGGGCGAGGCACAGCUUGGAAUCAAGAGGAGCGCAUCUGUGAUUGGCCCAAACGAACAGACUGUUUGCUGCCAACAGAUGACUUUGUGAAUUAGUUGUGUGUUUUCUGUCUUUUAUGUUACGUUUUCAUCUUAUGCUUGACUCGGUGAUCGCGUCACAAACUUAAAUCCUCAAGGGUAGAUAACUAAGCAACUUAUGUUCUUUUGUAGUGAUCUAAAUUGUUCAUAAGACAUUUCCCAAAAGUGCAGAAAUAAAGUUGUGGUAGGAUUUUUGAUGAUGGUAUUAUAAAAUAGUAUCAACUUUUAUGUGUCAACUAUGCAAUGAUUAAAAAUAAUGUUCCCCAUUU